GGCUGCGGCGGCCGGGGGAUGGCAGCAUUUAUUCAGUUGUUAAUUUCUUCCUGAGAUGGCAUUAGAUUUUAUUCUGGUGAUUUAUAUUGGGAUGUUUUAUGGUUAAUGAAUUAUUAUCUUAAAUAAAACAUAAAUAUAGAGGGGGAAGAGACUACGGGCAAAACCGACUUUUACUUCGGUACCCUUCCGCAAGUUAUAAUUUGGGGGCACAAGUAGAACAAACAUCGCAGACACGAAUUGCUUAUCUCUGGUUCUGGAUAUAGGUGCCCUCGAACGCUCCAAAUAUCCCCAAUCAAACAUCCCUCUCACCGACUCCACGUCGCCGUCGCCUACAUAAGAGAGAAGGGGGAAGGGAGUUUGUGCCGAGACUUACGAUUGGAAAGAUCGCUACUUUUUUUUUUUUCUGGGGGAUCGUGACAAGCCAUGGCUUGGAUGCGCCUAAUCAAACAGGUCUCAAGGCAUCAACUAGAGCUGAGGCAAUUCAAAAGUUUGCUUGUCAAUACAUCUUCUCCUUUUAGCAAGUUCGGACUUCAAGGGAAUGGGCUUCUAAAUGCCCAACGGAGGUUUCGGUCAAGCUAUGUUGGCAGUUUAGCUCGCAGGGUGCGUGAUGCAGAUGAAUCUAGCGAAGUUGCUAAUCUUAAAGAACUUUACCAUCGCAAUAAUCCGGAAGAGGUGAUAAGACUAUUUGAAAGUCAGCCAUCACUGCAUUCAAACCCUUCAGCACUUUCUGAAUAUGUUAAAGCCUUGGUAAGCGUGAACAGGCUAGACGGCAGUGAGUUGCUAAAGACCUUGCAGAGAGGUCUUGCCUACUCUGUAAGCAAUGAAGAAAGUGUCGGAGGCCUUGCUGCUUUUAAGAAUGUGGGGAAACCCUCAAAGGGUGGGAUUCUUGGAACUGCUGAUGCCCCAAUUCAUAUGGUGGCUUCAGAAGGAAGUCAUUUUAAAGAGCAGCUGUGGCGGACAGUUCGCUCUAUAGCACUAGCAUUUCUGUUGAUAUCUGGUGUAGGAGCGCUUAUUGAGGAUAGAGGGAUUGGUAAAGGACUUGGUCUGAAUGAAGAGGUGCAACCUAGCAUGGAAUCCAAUACAAAAUUUAGUGAUGUUAAGGGUGUUGAUGAAGCAAAAGCUGAGCUGGAAGAAAUUGUCCACUAUCUUCGAGAUCCUAAGCGGUUCACUCGUUUGGGUGGCAAGCUUCCAAAAGGUGUCUUGCUUGUAGGCCCACCUGGCACUGGGAAGACCAUGUUAGCCAGAGCCAUUGCUGGAGAAGCUGGGGUUCCCUUCUUCUCGUGCAGUGGCAGUGAGUUUGAGGAGAUGUUUGUUGGAGUUGGUGCCCGCAGGGUGAGGGAUCUUUUUUCUGCUGCAAAGAAGCGAUCACCUUGUAUAAUAUUUAUUGAUGAGAUAGAUGCCAUAGGAGGAAGCCGUAAUCCAAAGGACCAGCAGUACAUGAAGAUGACUUUGAACCAGUUGCUCGUGGAACUGGAUGGAUUUAAGCAGAAUGAGGGCAUCAUUGUCAUAGCUGCUACAAAUUUUCCAGAAUCACUGGAUAAAGCACUGGUGAGACCUGGACGGUUUGACCGCCACAUUGUUGUUCCUAAUCCUGACGUAGAAGGGCGGAGACAGAUUCUGGAAUCCCACAUGUCAAAGGUAUUGAAGGGAGAUGAUGUUGAUUUGAUGAUCAUUGCAAGAGGGACUCCUGGGUUCUCAGGCGCUGAUCUUGCGAAUCUAGUUAACAUAGGCGCUCUGAAGGCUGCAAUGGAUGGUGCUAAAGCAGUAACUAUGGCUGAUCUAGAGUAUGCGAAGGACAAGAUCAUGAUGGGAAGUGAACGCAAGUCUGCUGUCAUCUCAGAUGAGUCACGCAAGCUCACAGCUUUCCAUGAGGGUGGCCACGCUCUCGUGGCUAUCCACACAGAUGGGGCGCUCCCAGUUCACAAAGCAACAAUAGUUCCCAGAGGAAUGGCCCUCGGCAUGGUUGCCCAACUGCCUGAUAAGGACGAGACAAGUAUUUCCCGGAAGCAGAUGCUUGCCCGGCUGGAUGUUUGCAUGGGGGGCCGGGUUGCUGAAGAGCUCAUCUUCGGUGAGAAUGAAGUUACCUCAGGUGCGUCUUCUGAUCUCCAGCAGGCUACUAAACUUGCAAGAGCCAUGGUUACCAAAUAUGGCAUGAGUAGAGAAGUUGGGCUCGUCACCCACAACUAUGAUGACAAUGGAAAGAGCAUGAGCACUGAGACUAGGCUCCUUAUUGAGAAAGAGGUGCAGCACUUGCUAGAAAGGGCAUACAAUAAUGCAAAAACCAUUCUUACCACACAUAGCAAGGAGCAUCAUGCACUAGCAAAUGCUUUGCUUGCGCACGAGACACUUAGUGGAAGUCAGAUCAAGGCUCUACUUGCCCAAGUUAACUCCCAGCAACCGGAGCAUCAACAGAUAGUUACAGCUCAGAGGGGUUCACAGUCCAACCCAGUGCCUCCCUCAACCCCUAAUCCGGCUGCCUCUGCUGCUGUGGCCGCUGCCGCUGCAACUGCAACUGCGGCAGCCAAAUCCACAGGCGUUGCUCCUGUUGGGUCUUAGCAUGAUGAGGUUGGUAUUACCUCUUGAUUACGUGGCAAUUGAAGAACACUUUUGAGUAUAUAGUUGUUGUUCUAGAAAGCCUCUGUCUAGAAGGAUUGUAAUUUGAUGGCUGCCGGUAAGGUUUGAGUUGUAAAUUGGCCGAAAAAGCAGUCCGUGAAUUACAUGGCGCUCGUGGAACCGUGCGAGUGUAGAUGUUAUUUUUAGCAAACUGGGAGAUUUUUUCCUCUUUUUUUUUUUUUUUUUUCUCCUUUGUUAAACACUCAUUUUUGUUCUUGCAUGGUUAGGUUCUACCGUUUUAACAAUAAUGUCACAUUAAUUUUUAGAGAAUGAUAUCUAAUAAAAAAUAUGCUGCA